GGCCCCGCCCACAGCUGCCCGAGGAGCGGAGCAUCGGCCGAUGCUGGGACCUGCCGCGCGACUGCAGCCCAGGUGCGGGGUCCCGGCCGAACCCCGGGUCGCAGGGAGUCGUCACUGGAGAGGGGCGUGGCGCCCGGCGGGGACUGCAGGCGAUGACUCAGGAUGCAGCCAGGGGCUACGACGUGCACAGAGGACCGCAUCCAGCAUGCCCUGGAGCGCUGCCUGCACGGACUCAACCUCAACCGCCUCCGCUCCACCUCCUGGUCAGCCGGGCUGUGUCUGAACUGCUGGAGCCUGCAGGAGCUGGUCAGCAGGGACCCGGGCCACUUCCUCAUCCUCCUGGAGCAGAUCCUGCAGAAGACGCAAGAGGUCCAAGAGAAGGGUUCCUAUGACCUCUUCACGCCCCUGGCCCUGCUAUUCUACUCCACGGUCCUCUGUACACCACACUUCCCCCCGGACUCAGACCUUCUUCUGAAAGCAGCCGGCACCUACCACCGAUUCCUGACCUGGCCCGUUCCGUACUGCAACAUCAGCCAGGAGCUGCUCACCUUCAUCGACGCUGAGCUCAAGGCCCCAGGAAUCUCCUACCAGCGGCUGGUGAGGGCUGAGCAGGGUCUGCCCCUUCGGAGUCACCGCAGCUCCACUGUCACCGUGCUGCUGCUGAACCCUGUGGAGGUGCAGGCGGAGUUCCUUGCCGUGGCCAACAAGCUGAGCACGCCAGGGCACUCGCCCCAUAGCGCCUACAUCACCCUGCUCCUGCACGCCUUCCAGGCCACCUUCGGGGCCCACUGUGACCUCGCGGGUCUGCACUGCAGGCUGCAGUCCAAGGCGCUGGCCGAGCUUGAGGACGUCUACACGGAGACGGCAGAGGCCCAGGAGCUGGCCUCUGGCAUCGGGGAUGCAGCCCAGGCCCGGCAGUGGCUCAGGACCAAGCUGAAGGCGGUGGGAGAGAAAGCUGGCUUCCUCGAAGUCUUAGAUCCUGCCAACCCAGGCAAGCUCCGCACCAUCCCCAUCCCUGUCGCCAGGUGCUACACCUACAGCUGGAACCAGGACAGCUUUGACGUCCUGCAGGAGAUGCUGCUCAAGGAACAGGAGCUGCUGGAGCCGGGGCUCCUGGGGGACGAGGACGAGGACGAGGACGAGGAGGAGGAAGAGGAGGAGGAAGAGGAGGAGGAGGACUUGGAAACGGAUGGGCCCUGUGCCCAGAGGGACUCACUGUUUUCCACCAGCUCGGAGGCCUCCCGUGACUCCACCCUGUCCCUCGCCUCGUCCCAGGCCUCGGGGGCCACCCUCUCCAGCCAGGUGCUGACCUCCUUUGUCUCGGGCCUCUCGGACGGCAUGGACAGCGGCUACGUGGAGGACAGCGAGGAGAGCUCCCCGGAGUGGCCCAAGAGGCCGGGCGGCCGGGAGCGCCGGGGCUACCGCAGGCCCGGGCAGAAGUUUAACAGGAUCUACAAACUGUUCAAGAGCACCAGCCAGCUGGUGCUGCGGAGGGACUCUCGCAGCCUGGAGGGCAGCCCGGACUCGGCACUGCCCCUGCGGCGGGCCGGCAGCCUCUGCAGCCCCCUGGACAGCCCGGGCCCGCCCCCGUCCCGGGCCCAGCGCUCCCGCUCCCUGCCCCAGCCCAAGCUCGGCAUCCAGCUGCCCAGCUGGCUCCUGGCGCCCGCCUCGCGCCAUCAGCGCCGCCGCCCCUUCCUGAGCGGGGACGAGGACCCCAAGGCUUCCACCCUCCGCGUGGUGGUCUUCGGCUCCGAUCGGAUCUCGGGGAAGGUAGCCCGGGCCUACAGCAACCUGCGGCUGCUGGAGAGCAAUCGCCCCCUCCUCACCCGGUUCUUCAAGCUGCAGUUCUUCUACGUGCCCAUGAAGCGAAGCCAGGGGGCCUGCUCCAGCGCCUGCCCGGCCCCUCGGAGCCAGACACCGCCGCUUCCCCCCGAGUCCCCGAGGCACCCCCUCCCUACAGAGCUGGGCGCGGCCCAGUGGGAGGAGAGCACCAACGACAUCUCUCACUACCUCGGCAUGCUCGACCCCUGGUAUGAGCGCAACGUGCUGGGCCUCAUGCACCUGCCCCCCGAAGUCCUGUGCCAGCAGUCCCUGAAGGCUGACUCCCGGCCCCUGGAGGGCUCCCCCACCCAGCUGCCCAUCCUGGCCGACAUGCUGCUCUAUUACUGCCGCUUCGCUGCACGGCCGGUGCUGCUGCAGGUCUACCAGACAGAGCUGACCUUCAUCACCGGGGAGAAGACCACGGAGAUCUUCAUUCAUUCCCUGGAGCUGGGUCACUCUGCCGCCACGCGAGCCAUCAAGGCUUCAGGUCCUGGCAGCAAGAGGCUGGGCAUUGAUGGGGACCGGGAGGCCGUCCCUCUAACACUACAGAUAAUUUACAGCAAGGGGGCCAUCAGCGGACGAAGUCGCUGGAGUAACAUGGAGAAGGUCUGCACCUCCAUCAACCUCAACAAGGCCUGCCGGAAGCAGGAGGAGCUAGACUCCGGUGUAGAGUCCCUGACGCUAAACCUGACGGAAGUGGUGAAGAGGCAAAACCCCAAAUCCAAGAAGGGCUUUAACCAGAUCAGCACCUCGCAGAUCGAAGUGGACAAGGUACAGAUUAUCGGCUCCAAAAUCUGCCCCUUUGCGGUGUGCCUGGACCAGGAUGAGAGGAAGAUCCUGCAGAGUGUGGUCAGGUGUGAGGUCUCACCUUGCUACAAGCCCGAGAAGAGCAGCCUCGGCCCCCAGCCCCAGAGGUCGCCCCACUCACCGGCCCAGGCCACGCCCGAUCUCUGCUCCCUCCUCUGCCUGCCCAUCAUGACUUUCAGCGGGGCGCUGCCCUAGCGAGGCUCUGCACCCACCGCCCCGCACCCCACCCACCCACCCACCCCGGACAGAAAGCCCAGAAGCGGCCUCUUCCGAGCCUCUCCAGACGGUCGGUCGGUUAGCGGUGAGGGUCUCGCUCCUGGUGGAGAACCACAGGGGCCUGUGCGGGGUCCGGGUCCUGCCGAGGGCCCUGCACUGGGCAGGGCAGCGCGUCGGUGGUUUCUGGGGCCCCGGGGCUCUGCUUGGGACAGAAACAGGCUUUAGGGAGAGAGGGGCCUGGCCACACAGCCCCUCAGAUUCCUGAGGUAGAAGGAGAGCUCACCUCUGAGGGCCCCGGCCACCAACAUGCUCCGUAUCCUUUCCAGAAGAAAGACCGGAGGCCCUGGUGCUCUGAGGUCUGGGUUAGGCCUCCUCUCCCACCUGCGGCCCAGCGGGCCCACUCCUUCCUUUGUCAAAGGCCUGGGAAACCCUUUGUGUCCGGAGCUCAGUCCCCUCGACUCCAGAAAUGUGGACGAGACUUUUCAUUCCUGACCUUCAGCCCAGUCCCCAUCCCUAUCCCCCUCUCUCUUCCCCUACCUCUCUCUCUCUUCCACUCUCUUUAAAAAUCAGUGAAAAAGGAUCCUCAGGUGAGGAAUACUAAAUAAAUAAAUAAAUAAACAAACAAACAAAUAAAUAAAGGCUAGGGCGAUCGGGUGGAGGGCAGGGCCGGGGCCAGGAUUUGAACUGGCGGAGGUGUGCAUGUUGUGUGAGAGGAGGGGUGUCCAAGGACAGUUGUAUCCUGCACAGACCCCCUCCUUCCUCUCCUGCUUCCUCCUGAUCCAAAGGUUCUGGGCCUGUCGGAGCCCAGAGGAUUCACAGCUGGAGAGACGUGGACAGGGCCAGCUCCCACCCGGAGUCGGCACUCCUCCCGCCCAGCCGGGCUCCAGAGAGUGGCCGGCUCUACACUGUCAAUAUUUCUUAUUGUGUGAACAAGAUGUCCUCCUGUAUGAGCAAGGGUAGGAAUGAAUUGAAUUUAAUAUUAUUGUUAAAUAAAACAUCAAUCUUGUA